UUGUAUCCAUCUUUUGCCAAUCCGACGCAGUUCGCGCCCACCGAGGACUUCGACAGCUAUCCGCGGGACCUGGAGCGCGACGUCAGGUUGCUGGUGGAGGAGCGGGCGGACCUCCUCUUCAACCCCACGGCCGAGGACAUGUACCCGCGGGGGUAUCAGACCUACGUGGACGUGGAGCAGGUCAGUCGGCCGCUGUGCGGCGCGCACCGGCCGGGGCAUUUCCGCGGUGUGGCCACGGUGGUGCUGAAGCUGUUCAACAUCGUGCGCCCGCACGUGGCCAUGUUCGGAUUGAAGGACUACCAGCAGGUCCAGGUCAUCCGGCGUAUGAUGGAGGACGUGAACCUGGAUGUGGAGAUCGUAGGGUGUCCCACCGUGCGGGAGCCCGACGGCUUGGCCAUGAGCUCGCGCAACCGCUACCUGGAGCCGGCCGAGCGCGAGGCGGCGCUGUGUCUUCAAAGCGCCCUGGGCAAGGCCGAAGCGCUGGUGCGCGGCGGCGAGACCGCGGCCCAAAGGAUUCGUGAGGCCGUGGUGGCGGAGAUCUCCCGCCAGCCCCUGGUCCGCCUGGAGUACGCGGAUCUGUGCGACCCCAAGGCGUUGCACGCGGUGGAAGAGGUCAAGGGUCCGACGCUGCUGGCCCUCUGCGCAUGGGUCGGCAAGGCCCGCUUGAUCGACAACCGGAUCCUGGCAGGAGAGAGAGCGUAA